GCGUAGAUUUAGGGUGGACGGAGGGGAUGUGUCCCCACCAAUAUCCUCCGACCAUUGAAAUGUCCCCACCAAUAAUUUAAUCCACUUAAAAAAAAAAAAAAACAAUCGUGCUGUCAACAUUAACCUAGACACGCAGAAAGGGAUAAAUCACGUUCUCUCCUUGAGUCCUCCCGCCCCCAAAACACAUAUGAACAUUUUGAUUGGCUGUGCAUUUCCCUGCUAUCAUGUGAGAGGCUGUGGCUGCGUUCAGAUACAAGCAGCGCCAAAUGCAGUGGAUUUUUUUCCCCGUGCAAGAAGGUGUGUUGGGUGUGGUGACACAUGUGAGGAUGGCGGCAGCAAAAAAAAAGAAGCUGGACAUAAGGAGCUUUUUUUCAAAGAAAAGUGUGACAGAACCUAAACAACUGUGCUGUGUAUCAGACAGUGAUGGAGAGAAGGGGUCACAGGGGACAGAAGCAGAUCAGCCAUGUUGUAGUUCAGGUGAAGAGGCAAGGUCACAGGAGGUGGCAAUCCUGUCAGAUACUAGUGCAGUCAGAGGGGAAGAGUUAGGGUCAAAGGAAACUGGUCCACCUGUAGUGAGCAGCAGGGAGAGCAGCAGUGAAAGUGACAACAAUGAAGAACAGUGUAGUAGUGGAGAUAUUCUGCAUAUUACAAAUAAGCCAAACCAGCCUAACGCCAAAUCCAUCCCUGUUCAAACAUUGUCCAAUAGGGUCCUCCAUUUUCAGGAAAGGUGGUACAAAGAAUAUCCAUGGCUUCAUUAUAGCCCCACAGUUAAGGGAAUUCUCUGUUUUCACUGUGUGAAAAUAUAUACCAUACAGAAAAGUACUAUGUCAAAAAAGGCAGACCCUGCAUUCUGCUCAAAGGGGUUCACUAACUGGAAAAAUGCUCUUGAAAGAUUUGAACGCCAUCAAAAUACUAAAUCCCAUCAUCAUGCAGUCACAGUUAGCUGUCAAGAAGCAGUCCCAAUAAAUACACAACUCUCAACUGCCUGGUCAAAACAACAGGAAAAUGCCAGACACUGCUUACAAAUUAUUGUAGGUGCAGUACAGUAUCUUACUAGGCAGGGUUUGGCACUGCGUGGUCAUGACAAAGACGAUGGUAACCUAUUUCAAUAUUUAAAAUAUAAAGCCAAGGAUGAUGCCUGUCUUUCUGACUGGCUAUGCCAUUGUCAUGACUAUACCUCUCCACAAGUGCAAAAUGAGAUUUUGCAGAUGUUAGGAAACAGCAUUGUCAGAAAUAUUGCACAGACUAUCCAGUCUCUAUCUGUCCUGCAGUUCUCAAUAAUUAUAGAUGGUACUCAAGAUAUCUCAGGUGCAGAGCAAGAGUCUAUAUGUUUAAGAUAUGUGGAUGAGGACCUGGUUCCACAUGAGGUUUUUAUUGGCUUAUAUGAGGUCUCAGGAACUACAGGAGUGGAGAUUGCCAAGAUGGCUGUGGAUGUGGACAGUAAGGGGAACUGCUAUCAAAGCAGUGCUGUCUCACUAUGA